UUAUACUUAUUUUUUUUUACCUAUCGCAUUUGAAGAACAACACUCAUUUAAAACUUGUCAGGUUUCAUUUUAAUUUGUAAUUUUAAAAACUUCGUUCAUUCUUUAUUUUGUCUCUUUAUAAACGUGUCAAACAGUGGAAACUUAUCAAAUAGUAAUGGAAAAUUGCACGAAUGACACGAAUGUCUCAAUAAAAAUUAUUUGUUAUUCUUUUGUAGGAUUCACGCUACUAAAUUACGUAUCUUCAAUUUGUGUUGCUCCUAUAACAGUAUUUUACAAUAAACUAGAUAAAAGGAAGAAAGCGGUAUGGAAUAACACGUUUGUUAGUUAUAUUCACGCUUGGAUUUGUUCGGUUAUAACCCCGAUAUGUUUUUAUUAUUAUCCUAACGCGUGGCAUGAUAUGAUAUACGCGGAUGUAGCAUUAUGCAGAUUUCAAAUUGCUCUUUCAAUCGGUUAUUUCUUUGCUGAUUUGUUUGACUUUUGGAUAAAGAAUAUUUUUAUGGAUUCUCCUGGGAUAUGGCUCCAUCAUAUUGUGGUCAUUACAACAUUUGUUUUGUCAGUUGUAACUUGUAAAUAUUCACCUUAUUUAGCUGCAACAUUACUUGUUGAAAUAAGUAAUGUUUUCCUUCAUCAAAGGAAACUUUAUCUUAUUUCCUUCAAGACAAAAUUCACUCCUUUUUAUCAAUUUAAUUCUUUAUUACUUUUCUUAACUUUCGUUUUUGUAAGAUUUACCGUUCAUGGUUAUCUUGUUUUAAGGGUUUGGAGGGAAUAUAUGCUUUUUGGUCAUAUUGCUUAUUGGAGAAUUGCAUUCUUGGGUAUGGUCGCCAUGAAUGUUCUAAAUUUACAAUUAUUCAUACAAUUGUGGAGUGCUGAUUGGAGUAAAGCUUUUAAGAAAAAAAGUUCAAGUGCUAUUGCAAGGUCUUCAUCUACUGAAGACCAUAAAAAAAUGAAUUUAUAAAUAAAUUCAUUAUCUAUAAUAUAGAUAAAUACAAUAAUCUUAAUAAUCUUUAUAUCACUAUUGAAUUUAUUUUGUUUGAAUAAAAUUUAUUAUUUUACAUAAAAAUAUUUGCAAUUUACAAGAGAAUAAGGUAAUAAAAAAAAAAAAAAUUUUUUUAUUUAGCCUUUUUAGCUUAUUUUUUACAUUUUGUUCUUCGUUUA